AUGGUACUGGUGAAGUUAAGAGCAUCUCCCCUACGCCCACCACCUUACCAACACGCCCACACCUUCACACAUGCCCACCACAACCUAGCCACUACCUCGUGGGUGGGUGUGGAGGUGUUGGCGUGCUUGUGGGCGUCCUAUAUUUUCACUCGUGUCUCAGUCUUCAUUGGACGUUUGAAGGAGGAGGAACGGUGCCCCUCUUCCUCCUCCUCUUCCUCCUCUUCCUCCUCCAUUGAAAAGUGCUUUACAGAAAUGGACGGGUUUUUCCUAUCCAUCUUCCUGGCUGUGUGCAUUGUACUGGCUGUGGUCGUGCGCUGCCUAUGUUACCGUCUCUCCUGCGUCCGUGAACUGCUGUCUGGCACCCCUGAGAGCCGCCCUGGGGAAGAAAUACUACCCCGCACCACCCCUGCUGUCAUCACCCCUGCGAGACACCCCGGGGUUACCUCUACUGUGGCUGUCAAUAUCCCUGAGUCGCCAACACCUCAACAUGGCGCGGUGUUUACAAUAUAUACAUUCCCACAGCAAGAUUCCCCCAGGCCGCCACGCACCCCUGAGCCCCCCAAGUACUGCUCCCUACCCCAGGAUUCACCCCCGAAGUAUGAGGAUUUAUUUCCCCUAGCGGAUUUUUCGUUAGCGUGUAAGAAUAGUGGUGGUGGUGGUGGUGGUGGUGGUGGUGGUGGUGGUGGUAGCAAAGUGGUGAAUAAUAACUACACAAAUGAGAAUAAUAAUAGUGGUAGUGGUGGUGAUGGUGGUGGUGGUGGUGGUGAUAGUGGUAGUGGUGACGUGAAUGCUAAUGCUUCUACAAGUGCUGAUAAAGAUACUACUACUACUACUAUUACUACUACUACUACUGAUGCUGCUGCUACUACUGCUACUACUACUACUGCUACUAUUACUACCACAGACAAUACCACCUCUGCUACUGCUACUACUACUACUUCUACGAGUACUACUACUACUACUACUACUGCUACACUAUCACCACCUACUUUAGACAUCCCUACUACUACUACUACUACUACUACUACCACCGGCUCUACCACCCCCUCCCCCCUCUCCUAACAGAUCUCCACGACCUAAUAGAUUAACCACUACUACUACUACUACUACUACUACUACUACUACUACUCCUACCACUCCUCCAGCCCUCCCCCCUCCCCCCUCCCCCAAUAGAUCACCAAUGACUAAUAGAAGAUGAAAUAGUUAAAUAUGUAAAUAGUAUUAAUUUUUUUUAAGGUUUAUAUGAGACACCCCUUAAAAAUAUCAAAGAAAACGGUGAUUGGAAGAAAACGGAGGAUAGGAGUGGGAAAAAAAGUGGAUUUGUGUCAAUUUGAAAGGUUGUGAGCGAAAUAUUGAAUAGAAAACGACGAUUAAUGAUAGAAAACGAGAAUUAGUGGAGUCUUGAGCGAAUACAUAAGGAUAGUGUAUAGAAAACGGAGAACGAAUGAUAAAAGAAAAUGUAGAGAAAGAAAAUGGGAAAUAAUAAUGAUGGAUAAGGAGACAGAGUGAAUACAAAUGAAAAGAAAAUGGUAAAGAAUGUGUUUAUAAAUAUACCGUAGUCCGUCCAUAAAAUAAGAGGUUGUCACAGAAAACGGGAGGCAAAAAGUGACCUUGUGCUGUGUAAGAAAACGGGAUGAGAGAGAGAGAGAGAGAGAGAGAGAGAGAGAGAGAGAGAGAGAGAGAGAGAGAGAGACUUCCAUACAUAUAGAAAGAUUGUAGUUUCAUAUUACAGAGAGAGAGAGAGAGAGAGAGAGAGAGAGAGAGAGAGAGAGAGAGAGAGAGACUUCCAUAUAUAUUAAAAGAUUGUAGUCUUAUAUUACAUUGAAAGAGAGAGAGAGAGAGAGAGAGAGAGAGAGAGAGAGAGAGAGAGAGACAUGGCUUUGCUCAAAUAGUGCCAAUGUUAUUAUUAUUGUUAUGAGAGAGAGAGAGAGAGAGAGAGAGAGAGAGAGAGAGAAGUGCCUUAUGUUAAUUAAGAACAAUUACUUAAUUACAAAUAACUCAUGAAGGUGCAAACUACUAUUAUUAUUAUUAUUAUUAUUAUUAUUAUUAUUAUUAUUAUUAUUAUUAUUAUUAUUAUUUAUA